AUGUCAAUGAGCUUGUUUACAAACUUGAACCGCACCGAGAUAGUACUACUCAAUGCCCCAAACACCAUUAGUGCACCCAUUAAAAGAUGGCACUCUGCUUUCCUUUCCAUCUAUUGUUCUAGAGCCCUUGUGUCACACUUCAUUCUCAACAAAACCAACAAAAAGAAAGAAAAAACCUCACCUUAUCAUCCAUCUUUCACCGUGGUUGAUUUGAGUUCACACCAAUCCUUUGCUGUUGAUCAAACAAGUCUCACUGAGAUUGUCAAAGAGAAAAACCUUAAGAGCCUUGAGAAAUAUGGUGGGGUUGAAGGGUUGGCUUCAAUUCUUGAAACCAACGUUGAAUAUGGUAUCAAAGGUGAUGAUGAUGCUGAUGCUGAAGACAUUGCACGUAGACAAGAAGUGUUUGGUUCCAAUAGUUACAACAAACCUCCUUCUAAAGGCUUCUUUCAUUUUGUGUUGGAAGCCUUUAAGGAUGUGACCAUUCUCAUCCUCUUGGCUUGUGCAGCACUUUCCCUUGGCUUUGGCAUUAAGGAGCAUGGCCUCAAAGAAGGUUGGUAUGAUGGUGGCAGCAUUUUUCUUGCUGUGUUUAUUGUCAUUUCCAUGUCUUCCAUAAGCAACUUUAGACAGAACAGACAAUUUGACAAGUUAUCUCAAGUGAGCAAUGAUAUACAAAUUGAUGUGGUGAGAAGUGGUAGGCGCCAACAGAUUUCAAUCUUUGAAAUUGUGGUUGGUGAUGUCAUUUGCUUGAAGAUUGGAGAUCAAGUACCAGCGGAUGGAUUAUUCAUAGAUGGACAUUCAUUGAGAGUGGAUGAAUCAAGCAUGACUGGGGAGAGUGAUCAUGUGGAGGUUAAUAGAAAUCACCACCCAUUCUUGUUCUCUGGCACCAAAGUUGCUGAUGGGUAUGCUAAAAUGCUAGUUACCUCAGUUGGUAUGAACACAACAUGGGGCCAAAUGAUGAGUUCAAUCAGCAAGGAUACUGAUGAGCAAACUCCUUUGCAAGCAAGGCUAAACAAGCUUACCUCAUUCAUUGGGAAGGUUGGUUUGUCUGUGGCUUUUCUAGUCCUUGUUGUUUUGUUGAUUCGUUACUUCACAGGAAACACAAAGGAUGAGAAUGGUGUUAGAGAGUUCAAUGGAAGCAAGACUAAGUUCAAUGAGAUAAUGAAUGCAGUGGUUGGAAUUGUUGCUGAUGCGGUAACUAUUGUUGUUGUUGCAAUCCCUGAGGGUCUGCCACUAGCAGUGACUCUUACAUUGGCUUAUUCAAUGAAGAAAAUGAUGGCAGACCAAGCAAUGGUGAGAAAACUAUCUGCAUGUGAGACUAUGGGGUCUGCUACAACCAUUUGUACUGACAAAACAGGCACACUCACGCUCAACCAGAUGAAGGUGACCAAGUUUUGGCUUGGCCUAGAACCUGUAGCAGUGGGUGCAUACUCUUCAGUUGCUCCAUAUGUUCUUCAAUUGAUCCAAGAAGGAGUGGCUCUCAAUACAACUGGUAGUGUGCAAAAGUCUAAAUCAGAUUCUGAGUUUGAAUUUUCAGGUAGUCCCACAGAAAAAGCAAUCCUAUCAUGGGCUGUUUUGGAAUUGAACAUGGAGAUGGAGCACUUGACAAAAAGCUGUUCUAUCCUUCAAGUUGAGACCUUCAACUCAAAGAAGAAAAGAAGUGGGGUUUUGCUGAGAAGGAAGGAAGACAACAAAGUUCAUGCACACUGGAAAGGAGCAGCAGAGAUGGUGCUAAAAUUGUGUUCAAGAUAUUAUGAUGCUUCUGGCAUUGUGAAAGAUCUUGACAAUGAUAGUAAGUUGAAAUUUGAACACAUUAUUCAAGGUAUGGCAGCUAGUAGUCUUCGUUGCAUUGCUUUUGCACAUGUAGAAGUUGGAGAUGAAGAAGGUAGCACAAUGGUAAAAGACAAUGGUUUAACCUUGUUAGGACUUGUGGGAAUUAAGGAUCCAUGUCGUCCAGGUGUGAAGAAAGCUGUGGAAGCUUGCCAACAUGCUGGUGUAAAUGUCAAAAUGAUCACAGGUGACAAUGUUUUCACUGCAAAAGCUAUAGCAACAGAAUGUGGCAUACUUAGGCCUAAUCAGGACACAGAUGGAGCAGUGAUUGAAGGAGAGGAAUUUAGAAACUUCACACCUGAGGAAAGAUUGGAGAAGGUUGACAAAAUCUGUGUGAUGGCUAGAUCCUCUCCUUUUGAUAAACUUUUAAUGGUUCAAUGCCUAAAACAGAAAGGCCAUGUAGUUGCUGUUACUGGGGAUGGCACAAAUGAUGCACCAGCACUCAAGGAAGCUGAUAUUGGACUUUCUAUGGGAAUUCAAGGCACUGAAGUUGCCAAAGAGAGCUCAGAUAUUGUUAUAUUGGAUGACAAUUUUGCUUCUGUUGUCACAGUCUUAAGGUGGGGAAGAUGUGUUUAUAAUAACAUCCAAAAGUUCAUUCAGUUUCAAUUGACAGUGAAUGUUGCAGCACUUGCAAUCAACUUUGUAGCAGCAGUGUCAGCUGGGGAAGUGCCACUAACAGCAGUGCAAUUGUUAUGGGUGAAUUUGAUCAUGGACACAUUAGGUGCUUUGGCUCUUGCAACAGAAAAACCAACCAUGGAGUUGAUGGAGAAACCACCAGUAGGUAGAACCAAACCUCUUAUUACUAAUAUCAUGUGGAGGAAUCUAUUAGCUCAAGCUUUGUAUCAGAUAGUAGUUUUGCUGACUCUUCAAUUCAAAGGUGAGUCCAUCUUUGGUGUGACAUCAGAGGUAAAUGACACAUUGAUUUUCAAUACUUUUGUUCUUUGCCAAGUCUUCAAUGAGUUCAAUGCAAGGAACAUGGAGAAGAAGAAUGUUUUCAAGGGAAUACAUAGGAGCAAGUUGUUUUUGGGAAUUAUUGGCAUAACAAUAAUACUUCAGGUUGUGAUGGUUGAGUUUCUCAAGAAGUUUGCUGAUACAGAGAGGUUAAACUGGGGCCAAUGGGCCCUUUGUAUUGGUCUUGCUGCAAUUUCAUGGCCAAUUGGAUGGGUUGUGAAGUUCAUACCUGUCUCAGAUAAACCAUUGCUCAAUUUUUUGAGCAUGAUGAAGACUUAG